AUGGUCAGCGCACUCAGGACCAUGAUGCAGUGGCCAGAGCUGUGCGUCAUCGUCGUGUUGACGCUCUCGUUGAGCUCAGCUGCGGGGUUCCUGACGUCCAACCCGUUCCUCUCUCGGCCCCAGCAGCCGACACAUUCGUCGGCAGCGGCAGCGGCAGCAGCAGCUCACUGCCGUCGCCCAGCCCCUCGAUUGCUGCUCUCUCGGCCACCGAGCGCCAUCCUACUUCGACCACGACGGUCUCGCAUCCACAGCCUAUCUGCAGAUUCAGCAGCGGGAUCACCAACUAGAGCAGCAGGGUUCUCAUCAUUACAAUCCCUGGAGGGGAGUGUUGGUCAGCGACGGAGGCUGGCGGGUUCAAACACGGCGUUGGCGCUAGCAGCCAGCAGAGGCAGCAACGGGGUGGGUGAAGAAGGGGGAAGCGGGGGGGCGGACAGCGACAAGGGUGGUGGGUGGCGGCAGCGCAUGGUCCAGACCAUCGUGUUCGUGGUCCUGAGAAUACGGGCAGUGGCGGCUGGGCUGGGGGCUAUGCUUGGGCUGGGUCGACCGACCAAGAGUUCUUCCUCGAACCAAUCGCUGUUCAGCUCCGCCAGCGGUAAGAAGAAGGCGGCGGCUGGGAAGUCGCGGGGUCGGCGCGCGACAGCGUUCUCGCGACUGUUCAGGAAGAGGACCGCCACGCUGCUGCUGGUGAUGCUCUUCGUGCUGGCGAUGGGAUUCCGUUCUGCGGGCACACCUGCCGUCACCGAGGUGCCCAUGUCCACCUUCAUGCAGCUGAUGGAGGGGAAACGCGGCGCCGACGUCGUGGAAAGCGUCCGCGUGUCGAAGACCGGGACGAUGUUCUUCAAGAUGAACGGCAAGGAGUGCUACACGUUGCCGUUGAGGGUAAGCAAGGAGGUCUUCAAGGCGCUCUGCAACAGCGGCAUUCCUUUCAGGGCUUCCAAGUCGCCACCGGGACUUUCUUUCAUCUUCCCGGUUGUCUACCUGCUGGCCGUCUACUAUUUCAUCGUCAAGAGGGGGCAAGGGAGCAUGGUCGGGUCCACGGGCAAGCUUGCGUCGUCGACGGAGCUCGACACCUCUCUCACAUUUGGGGACGUGGCGGGGGUCGACCAGGCCAAGAGUCAAGUGCAGGAGCUAGUGUCGAUGAUCAAGAACCCGGCACCUUUCAUCGCUGCGGGUGCUCGGUUACCGAGCGGUCUGCUGAUGGUGGGACCGCCCGGGACGGGGAAAACGCUCAUGGCUAGAGUCAUGGCAGCGGAAGCUGGGGUUCCGUUUUACUACUGCUCCGGGUCCGACUUUGUUGAGAUGUACGUUGGGCGCGGUGCGGCUAGGGUACGAAAGUUGUUCGUCAAGGCAGGCAAGACGGCGCCGUGCAUCAUCUUCUUGGACGAACUUGACGCCUUGGGCAAAGAGCGCUCCGGCACCGGAGGGCGACAGACGAACGACGAAGCGGAGCAGACCUUGAACCAGCUCCUGGCUUGCAUGGACGGCCUCGACACCAACAACAACGGGGUCAUGGUCAUCGCCGCCACCAACCGCUACGAGGUGCUCGACAACGCCCUCACCAGACCUGGCAGGUUUGAUCGCAUCGUGCGGGUCGACGUGCCGGACGCGGCGGGCAGAGAAGCGAUCCUGAAGGUCCACACGAGAAAAAUGAAGCUCGAAGACGUUGCCGUGCUGCGGGCGGUGGCGGAGCUUACACCCGGUCUUGCCGGUGCGGAGCUGGCCACGAUCGCGAAUGAGGCUGCCAUCUCCGCCGCUCGGAGAGGGUCGCAGCAGUUGCUCGAGGCAGACUUCUUGGAGUCCGUUACAAACUUUUACAUCUCCCGAAAGAAGGGCGUUGCCGGCCUGCAGAACAUGUUCAAGGGCAUGCUGACAUAGACCAGGAUUAUAGAGAAGAGGUGUUGUAGAAACACGAUGGACACGCCGAGGGAUGUUAGAGUAAAAGUUUUGUCGAGUCGGCGGGAGUUUUCUAUUGCUGAGGCGUCGCCUGUUUUUUUUAUUGGCGCGGGCGAUGGGAGCCCGGCGAGCAUUUCCUGCGAAGGGGUUGGGCCUUGGUAAAUUUCGUGUUGAGGAUAAGCUUUCGUGUGCUCGGUUUUCGGUUGACGUGACAAGUAGUCAUGCCGUUGUCGUUUUGGAAGCUGGGUUCGGUUGUAAGGUCGGUCGUAAACUCCCGCAGACCCUGUUCUUUGAUGGUACUCCUCUUUCUGACUCGAGAGUUUCGGUGUUCGCGCUCAGCCUCGUGCUCCGCCGCUUUUGCUGCGACGGCGGUGAUGCCUCACGCAAGCUGGCCAUUUCUCGUGUUCAUGGCUGCGAGCUCCCAGCGGCAUGGAGUAUCAAGUAAAUCAAUCUC